AUGCUGUCGAGUGGUCAGGCACUACGCCACCUCUCCACCGCCGCCCACAACCAUCAGGGGUAAGAAAAUCGAUAAAUUAAACAGAGAAAAUGUGAAAAUCCAAAUUUCAGGCUUUGCGGCCCGGCCGUCAAACUCUUGCUCAUUCAAUACGGACUCGAAGGUCGGAAAAUCGACGGAAGUGGUCCGAAAAAGAACAUUCUGAAGAGUGAUGUGCUGAAAAUUGUGGAAACGGAAAAAUUAAAGCCAGUACCAGUUGUGGCCCUGGCGCCAAAGGAAACGGCGGUCGAAAAUAAGCGUAUUGAAAAGGUUUGUGUCUGAAAAGUUUGAGAAAACAUAGAAAUCACGAAAAAUUCCACUGAAACUCCGGAUUUUCCAAGAUAAUUCAAAAAAUCCAGAAAAACCAUCAAUUAUCUCAAUUUUCGUUAAAAAUUCAAUAAAAUCCGUUUUCCAGCCAAAAAACUGUAAAACACCUAGAAAUUCGAUUUUUCUUCCUGAAAUUCCAAGAAAAUUCCAGAAAACGGACAUUUUGGGCGCCAAAAACCGCAGUCUCCGCCACUACGACGACAUUCCGCUGACGAACAUCCGAAGUGUGAUUGCCAAACGAUUAACCGCCUCCAAAGUUGCUUUUUUAUCAUUUUCGACCGGAAUGUCCCAAUUUUCAGCAACAAAUUCCCCACGAAUACCAGGGAAUCGACGUGCGAAUCGACGAUAUUCUCGCGUUGCGCCGAAAAUUGAAAUCCACCGGAACGGCCGUUUCUCUCAAUGAUUUCAUCAUCAAAGCUGCCGCCCUCGCCCUCAAAGUACGCUCUUUUCGUAGAAAAUACCGAACAUGUCGAAAAAUCGCAGGCAGUUCCGUCGAUAAACGUGCGCUGGAGCGAGGAGGGAAUAGUGCGUCUCGGAUCGAUCGAUAUUUCGGUGGCGGUGGCCACGCCCACCGGACUGAUAACUCCGAUUGUGGAGCACGCGGACGUGCUCGGAGUGCUCGCCAUCUCGAGCAAAGUCAAAGAGCUCUCCGGGCUCGCGAAGGAGAGCAAACUGAAGCCCCACCAGUUCCAGGGCGGCUCUUUCACGUCAGUUUUGAAAAUUUCCCUAAAUUCUGUGAAUUUGUUCGAUGCUUGCAGAAUCUCAAACCUGGGAAUGUUCGGAAGUGUGUCCAACUUCACCGCCAUCAUAAAUCCGCCGCAAUGCGCGAUCCUGACGAUCGGAGGAUCCAGGACGGAGGUCAUUUCCAGGAACGGACAGCUAGAGACACAGAAAUUGUACGCUUUUUUCAGGACAAUCUUUUCCAUGUUUCAAAGCGAAAACAUGCAAAACAUUGAUUUUACAGGAUGGGCGUGAAUCUGUGUUUCGACGGACGCGCCAUCUCGGAAUUCUCUGCGAAACAAUUCCUUUUGCACUUUUCCGAAUCGCUCUCCGACCCGGAUUUGCUCGUCGCGGAGCCCAUUUCGCCGGAACUCGACUUUGAUUUCGCCCGUCUUUUGUAG